AUGGCUUCUCUCCAGCAUCCGUUCCAGUGUCUGCGCUAUGUCAACAGGCAACCGGUAGGCCAAUCGGAUAUCCUUUUGGCCACUGCCGGUCAGAAUCUAUUCUCUUACGAUGCUUCUAGUGGACAACGUUUGGAUGUGUGGCCUCAAUCCGUAAAUGCGGCGAACACUGAAGAUGAAAGUUCUGGCGCAGCUCCCGCAUCUGAAGACCAAGCCCCACCAGAGAAGCGCAGGAAGCUUUCUUCGCCCGCCGAGGAUCAGAACAACGCGGAAAUUGAGUCCAAGUCUGGACCCGAAGUCAAGUCCAACGAUCUGAAGAAGGGCGAUUCCAAUGCUUGGACAAACAUUCCUCUUUUAACUGUGUCCCACGGCAAAUAUGUAGUCAUCAUGACUGCUGAGGACAAAUGUGUCCGAGUUCUGAGUCUAGCUGAAGAUGGGAAAUUCCAGCAAUUAAGUGCUCGCACAAUGCCCAAGAAGCUCGGUGCGCUCACUUUAACUCCCGACGAGAACACUCUCUUGUGCGGUGACAAGUUCGGAGAUGUCUACGCUUUCCCAGUCAUUCCCAGCGGGAACUACGUGAAGCCUCAGGUACAAGCAAAGCCAUAUGAGCCAUCUGCCACGAAUUUGACUGUGCACACGAAACGCAACCUGGAAUCGUUGGAGCAACAGAAGCGACAGGCUGCAUUGGCGAAAGCCAACCCUGAAGAACGAGUUGUGCUGAACUUCGAGCACCAACUCAUCAUCGGACAUGUUUCGCUGUUGACGGAUUUGAUCUCCGCUACCCGGCCUGCAGACUCCACCGCUGGCCAGCGAAGCUAUAUCUUGACCGCGGAUCGUGACGAGCAUAUUCGUGUAUCCCGCGGUGUUCCCCAAGCGCAUGUCAUUGAGCAGUUCUGCUUUGGUCACACUUCAUUUGUCAGCAGUCUUUGCGUUCCUUCCUGGGAAUCCAAGGUUCUCAUCUCGGGCGGCGGUGACAACUAUUUGCUUGUGUGGAACUGGCUCGAGAACCAGAUUCUACAGAAAGUCCCACUUCCUGAAUCGGAGGCAGAUGUCACAGUAAGCCGCAUUUGGGAUAUCUCGUUUAGCUCAGCUGCAGGCGAUGCUGCUUCUGUGAAGACUAUUUUCGUUGCAUUGGAAGGGUCUACAAAGCUUCUUUGCUACAGCCUCGAAAACGGCAACGCAUUGAUUCUCCAGGAUACCCUGGAGCUCUGUGGCAAUGUCCUUGGUUUGACUGCCAUCGAUCCAAGGGGCUCCAUCGUUGUCUCCGUGGAUACCGUGCGGCAACCCAACUCUACUAGUGAUUGGAAGAAGACUUCCCAACCCCCUCUCGAAACUUUCCGAGUCAGCGCAGGAAAAUGGGCUCCUGUUGAGGACUCCAUGGUUCUCGCUAUCAACUCCGAGGGCACCUCAAGUCUGCCUGAGACAUUGGAGCAGAAGCAAAAGAACGAGUUGAAUGAUGCAUUGUACAGUCUGGGCAAAUUGCGCAAGAGAGAUGGAAUCUAUGAUUAA